GCCUCUCGCAGAGGUGGAUGAACUACGCCGGCAGGGGGCGCUCUCCCAUCCGUCUUCGCUGAAGCCCAGCCGCGGAGUUUUAAGUGUUAGCCUGCCCUUAUAAUCUGCCAGCCUCAGGGACGUUUCUGGGGGUUUGGUGGGGAUGCCAUGGAGAAGGGCACGGAAGGAGCCCAGUGCCUGCGUCCAGCCCUCAGAACCACAGCCCUGCAGGGGAAAGGCUCUGUGUCCAAUUCCCCACCCCCAGGAACCACCUUUUCUUUAAUGUGUGAAUGUCCUGGCCGGCUGCUUGACAGGCCCUUGGGAUUCCCAUCUGCUGUGCUUGUCCUCUGGCUAGCCACUGAGAGGAGCUCCCAGCACAGACCUGCCCCUGUUCUGCGCCAGGCCUAUUCCCGCCCCCAGUGCCUGGCUGUGGAAGUACAAGCUCAAACCCUGCUCUGCCCCAGCCCUGCAGAGUGGCUGGGACUGGCAGUGUUCACGAGCUGGCCCUGCCUUCUCCUUUGGAUCCCAAUGUCCUAUUUCACCGUCUCUGUGUCACAGGGCGGGCCUGGCAGCCAGGAGGUGGGGCCGUGAAGCUGUCUGGAGGCACAAAGGUCCAGGCUGAUAAGAGACUUGUUUAUCCAGGGUCUUGUGCCCAGCCUCCAGACAGGGCAAAUUUGGCAAGGAACCUUCCGAGUGAAAGCAAGCGUCUGCCUUCCAACUCUCUUUGUGAGUCCCAGCCCCCGCAGGGCAUUUCCAAAUCCACACCAAUCCCUCUCUGUGCCCUUUGGGCCUCACUUCCCCUCCCCUUUUCUAUUUCUAGCUCUUCUCUCCAUCCCCUCCUGCCUGUACAGUGUUGCUGUGAGCCGCUAGCCAGCUGCUGUGUUCCACCCAGAGGUGGCUGCAUUUCUCUGGCAGCCCGAGGACUGCGUAGGACAGCUGCCCAGCCCGGGAAAUGGACCAGCGGCUGCGAGAGCGGUGGCUGCAGGAGGAGCGGGAGUAUCUGCAGAGCAUGGCGAGGCAGAGGGGCUCGCAGGAGCAGGGCGGGGCGCCGGAGGACCCCGGAGCAGGGAGCAGGGAGAUUGCAGACCAGGCUGAUGCCGACGGCGGACGGAGGCCGAGCAGGUCCCAGCCCAUUGUCCCUGAGCCUCUUGCUAGUGACGAGGCCCUGCAGGUGCCCCACGUCCCUAAGUCUCCCAGGGACCGCAGCCUGAUUGCCGGGGCCGUGGAGCGGAAUGACUUCCUGCGGCUCCUGGGCGAGGGCCAGGCAGAUGCCAUGGUGCAGAGCUUCAUGCCCGCCUGGCACGGCCCAGGGCAGACGGUGCUGGCCGAGGGCACCGACGGGGACGCCAUGUACAUCGUCGCUGAGGGCGAGCUGAGUGUGACCCAGCGCGGCUGCCCCCUCCGCACGCUGCUCCCGGGGGAUGUGUUCGGGGAGCUGGCAAUCCUGUACCACUGCAAACGCACGGCCACCGUCACAGCGCUCACCCAGGUCCGGCUCUGGGCCAUCGACCGGCAGACCUACCGCACCAUCGUCACCAGCCAGGCCAAGCGCCGGCGGGCCGAGAUCCUGGACUCCCUCCGCGAGGCGCCAUCGCUGCAGGGCCUGGCGGACGCUCAGCUCUCCAAGCUGCUGGACUCCAUGGAGGAGUGCACAUUCGCUCAUGAUGAGGUGAUUGUUCGCGAAGGGGACGAGGGGAAUAACUUCUACAUCAUCCUGAGAGGAGAGGUUCGGGUCAGCAGGCGCGUGCACGGGCGGGAGGAGCAGAUCCGGGUGCUGCGAGCCGGCGAGCACUUCGGGGAGCUGUCGCUGCUGCGGUAGGUGCCGCCCGGGAGC